GUAUCACUUCCGGUUGUCAAUUUCGUUUCCUGUAAGAAUUGGUUCAUCUUUAUUUGCUCGGCUUGUCUGUGUUUACAGCAGCAUUAUUGCUUUCCAGUUACAGAAAGUUUAUAGACCUACAGAAAUACAAUGUCCAUUGUUACAGCAGUUUGGUUUGUUGUCGUUGCUGGUUUCUGGGGAGCUACCAAUCCUUUCAUUAAACUUGGUAGUAAAGGGAUAGAAUCCAUCAAGGCAUCUUCACCUUUCAGACAGUUUGUAGCAGAGUUGUGGUUCCUGAUCACAAAUUGGAAGUAUUUGAUACCAUUUGUCAUCAAUCAGAGUGGAUCAGUUAUAUACUAUAUCACUUUGGCUUCUGCUGAUCUGUCUCUUGCAGUACCAAUCACCAAUUCUCUGACAUUUAUUUUUACAGCGAUAUCAGGGCAUCUCCUGGGAGAGAGGAUUAAAUCUAAAAAGACAAUUCUUGGAAUGCUUUUGGUUGUUACUGGGGUGACCAUGUGUGUCCUGGACAAAGUCAAAUGAUGGCACAGGUGUAUGUAAUUUCUGUGAUGAGGACUUAUCCAUGUCCCCUGAGAGAGGUUUCAGAUUGACCAACAUGGAGCUGACGUGGACAGAAAGAUAAAUCUUCAGUGUGAAAAGACAAACAAUUGCACAGUGCCUGUCGAUGGAACUUAAGUUGACUGCCAACAAUGCAUUUGUUAUAUUUACUUGAUACAUCAGUAUUCUAGUCUUCAGCCUCGGAUAAAGUGGGAUAUACAUUUUAAAUUAGGCAGUUUCAGUGACAGAUUUAGGCAAGGACUCAGCCGGCAUGUGCUGAGGAAUACCAUGUACUGGCCAGAAACCCGCCAACUUUGGUCAGUAAAGCGAACACAGCUGUACCAGUCGAGAGUUCAUGAGUUUGAUCCCAGAGUGAGGCAUAUGUUCUCUGUGAAGAUCUGAAAAAGAUCUUUCUGAAAUCAUUUGUCUUCCAUUUCUGAUUUUUGUGGUGAAGUUGGCAGUUACUUGCAGCAAACAUGUUAGCACUGGUAUACAAUCCAGGAACACUGGUCAGUUAACUGCCUGCUUUAACAUAACUGAAAUAAUGUUGAAAAAUGGCACUAAACCCAAUACAGACAUAUGUACUUACCAGAAAAGGUUGAUAAAAUUCACAGAAAAAUGA